GCAUGUGAUCUCAUCUCGGUGUGUCUCAUCUCUCCACAUCAGCUGUUUUUGAUCUACAGUGUCCCUUCAUGGGAACUGGUUGUGGCUGUUUAAGACUGUGCAGAAGCAGCUUCCUUAAAAAUAGAGCUUUCCACGAGUUUGAACAAAGAUCACCAGAGAGCUGUGGGAACAAAUUGUAGCUGCCUGUGUCUUUUUAGGGGUACAAUUUAACUCUAAGCUAUUUCAAAUCACACAAGAAAACUAAUCAAAGUAGAACACGAAAUGCAGAGUGUUCACAUCCCACCACUAUGGAACCAAACUGAUACUAUAAAAGGGCACAAGACACAAGCAAAGAAGGAUGACACAGGUGUAAAGGCGACUCUAGAUCUGACCUGCUCACAAUAUUUCUAUCAGUUAAAACAAUGGAGGACAUGGAGGACAGUUCCUCGACUGGAUUUGAGCCACUCUUCAUCAAAGAAGAGGAUCCAGAUCCAAACAGAACAUUCAUGGAACAAAAUGAGUGUCACCCAGCACAAUCUGGAUUCAGCUUCACGAGAACACAACUGAAUCCGUCAACGGUGAUUAAGCCAUACUUACAGGAGAUGGAUGAAUUACUGAGGAACUGUCAAGAGCUUACCGGCAUCCCUUUUGGCUCGAAGUUCUCUGCAAGUUAUGAUGAGACAAACCUGACUGAAACAACUCAAUGCCACAGAAAAGAAGUCACCAUGGACAGCUACGAAGAAACAAGCGUUUCUCCCCAUGCAUACCUUUCUACAAGUUACAUUGACACACAAAUGGAUGGAGUUGGAGACGAGGACCAGCCGGCACAAGGCCAAGCUCAAGGCUUGGACCAGAUCAUCAACAGGUGUGGAGUGACCACAGACAUUUGUCACCAGAAAGAAAUGCCUCUCACUUCAGCGGGCAACAAACUCAGUGACUCCAUGGUUGAGUAUGAGGGCCAGCUAGUGGGAAUGUUGGCCAUGCUAGAGAGCUGUAUGGAAGAGACUGGGAUGGACUUUGAGCCCCAAGACUGGGCUACAGAUGGAACCCAAGAAUAUGUACACAUUAGUACGAAAUCUAAUCUCCGAAGGGGUACAACACUGGUUCCCAUUAGGCAAGAGAGGUUAACAAAGCUGGAGACCCAUCCGCUGAAAUUUGAAUCCUGUGUUAGUCCACAUGACGAGAGGAAUGCAGUUUGCAGAGAAAGUAGAAAUGAGGUGACAUUUGGCUCAGCACCAAUUGGAAGCCAGCCGGGUCCUGUGCUCAGCUUUGACAACACAGAUGGCUUCUCAAUGGAAAGAUUUGAGGGCCAAGAGAAUUCAAAAGGAGCACAGGGGGGUAUUGAUGGUCAGUUCAGAUUUUCAGGGCCAUCAUUGCCAUUAGAUAGCCCACAAGAUGAUCCAAUGUGCUGUGAGGAAACAAAGACAGGAUGUAUGUUUACCAAUGAAGACACCUUCACAAAGGGAGAUAUGACAGGGAUUGAAGUAAACAGUGAAUGUCCAGCUGAUGACACACAAGAGCUCGGAAUGGACUCCAAUAACCUGGAAUCCGGCAUGAAUGAACUAAGUGCAGUAGGGUCUCAGAUGGAGGAGUGCAUUCAAGAGGUGCAGCAGUUAAAGUUGAGGAGGAAGGAACUACUGGCAGAGGUGCUCAAGCUGAGAGGGGAUAAAGACACAGAGGAGCUAAAGGAGGGCAAUGAAGAGGGAGAGGAGACAGAGGAGCAGAUAGAUUGUAAAGUGGCAGAGCUGAUGAACGCAAUUAGGAUGGAAGAAGAGGGGAGAGGAGAGGAAAGGAAGAAAGAGAUCCAGGGCCUCAGGGUUGAGAGGGCAGACGAGGAGAAAAGGAUUUGGACGGUAAAUCUGGAGAGGCAAGGGCUUCAUGGGGAGCUAAGAAAGCUGAAAAGGAGGCUGUUCGCCAUUGCAAGAGAGUGUGCUCACAGCCAGGUUGCCCUUAACACCCAGCGCAGAGAGAUGGAGCUGCUAAAGAGGGACGAGGAGAACAUGAAGUCACUUGUGCUCCAGCUGACAGAAGAGCGCACCAAGCUAAGAGGAGACCAACAAGAACAGCUCUUAGGCCUACAAGCAGAGCUCUAUGCCCAGGGCACCAGUCUGCCCUCCAACACCAAGGAUGAGAUGACCCAGUGCAAGAGGCACUCCUGUGGGGACAUUCAGCAGUUCCUGCAGGGGGGACUGAAAGCACUUGAGAGCAGAUACGAACCUAUUAUGCUCGCGUUGCUCAAGAGAAGGGAGAUAACAGCUGAAGCAUUGGUGAAAGCCAAAGAUCAGGCCCAGGUGCUGAAAACUCAGCUGACUCCCCUGAUGGAGGAAAUCCAAAAGCUGCAUCUACAGAGGACUUGUUUGGAGGAGAAAAUCCGACUUUGUUGCAUGCAGAGAAGAGAGGACGUGGGGCAGUAUAAGGAGAGAGUUAACACCCUGGAGGAGAGGAGCAGAGAGCUGAAGACAGAGUUAAAGAUUCAGAAGAGGAAAAUUAAGGAAAUAGAGGAGUUGAAAGAUACUCUAAACAAACAUUUACAGCUUUACAGGCAAGCCAUUGAGGACCAUCAGUGUGAUGAUGAGCAGAAACAAAGUGAUGGAUGAUUUUUUCUUUUAAAGAUUUCUGACAAUCAUAUUAUUCUACCACAUUGUUGACUCCUGGGUUCCAUUUAUGCACUUUACACAUUUUACUAGACAUGCUGUAGAAAAAAAAAUCGUAGAUGUUUUAAGCGUUGAACAUGAAUUACACUGCCUCUUGUAAGGUUUUUAUGAAUAAAGACUUCUUG